UGUUUUUGGUUUCCUUGGUUUCGUUGUUUGAUUUCUUAAAUUCCUAUCUUGUGAUCAAAAUUUAGCGUCUAUAAAGUCAUAUCAUCAUGAAUUAAUAUAAUUUUCAACCAAUUCAACCCAUUAAAAGACAGAAAAUUAUAUUUCUAAUAAAUUAUAAUUUAUCAUGGAUUGUGCAUGGCUCAAAACAUCUUCAAGCUUAAAGAGAGGCAUCGAAGUUGUAAAUCACUUGGAUGAAAGUAGAUUUGAACAGUUUCUCAGAAGAAUUGUAACAAAAUUAAAACUUUAUGACUCUGAAAUUUUCACUGAAGAAGAAAGAAGAAAGUUGGAAAAAAUAUUUCAACUCAAUGAAGAACAGUUGCUGUUAGCGAUCAAAUCAAUUCUGUAUAUAUUUAAAAGGCUUUUUAAGUUUAUAUUUAUGCCAAAUAAUUUAAAAACUGAUUUAUUAAAUAUAGGAUUUAAUAAUGAAAAGACAAAUUUCCUUAUCAAAGUUUGGUCAACAGAAACAAGUGUGGUGCUAAAUGAAAUGGGCUCAAGUUCAAAUGAAAAAUAUGAAGAUGAUCCUAUUCUUCAUUGGAAGCUUAAUGCAGAAUUAAGUUCAGAAUACCAAAAGAAAUGUAAAAUACCUAAAGCUUAUAUAUCAUUUAUAGGUAAAAAUGAUGAAACUGAAAUAGAAAUGACUCGUCAGGAUCUCAAUUCAAUAUUUUUGCAAAUUGAAGCAAUUCAAACUGAACUAGAUAUUUUAUUGUAGUGAGAAGCUGUUGUUCUCCGCCUGUAAUAAAUUUGUGCCUUCUAUGUUGAAAAUUUUAAUAUAUAAAAUUACUUGAAAAAACGUAUAGAUAUUAAUUCAUACCUACUUAUUAAUUUUUUAAGCUUCCACAGUCCAUACCUCAAAAGGAACCCUUGAAGGAUCACUUUAUUAUCUGUAUGCAAGUAAUAAUUCUUAUUAAAGCAUUUUGAAGUACUAAUAAAUU